AUGAAUAAAAAUGGCAGAUUUUCCAAUUUUAUUGAUGUUCAGCACGUAUUUUUCUUUGAAAUAAUCAUUGGAGUCACGGCCAACACUUUUUUGCUUCUCUAUCAUGUCCUCAUAUUUCUUCUGGAGCACAAGCCAAAGCCCACUGAUCUGACCAUUGGUCACUUGAGCCUUAUCCAUAUAGUAAUGCUUUUAAUUGCAGGUUUUAUAGCGAUAGAUAUAUUCGGGUUUCAGCACUUGGGGGAUGACACCACAUGUAAAUGUGUUAUCUAUUUGUACAGGUUAAUGAGGGGACUCUCUCUCUGUACCACUUGCCUGCUGAGUAUCCUCCAGGCAAUCACCCUCAGCCCCAGAAGUUCCUGUUUGACUAAAUUCAAACAAAAAUCCCUGCAACAUACCCUGUGUUGUUUUCUCUUUUUAUGGGUCUUCAAUAUGCUCAUCAAUGUUCGUUUUUUAAUCUCCACUGUUGCCAUUCCCAAUGUGACCUCACACGAUCUUAUGGUUGUCACUCAGUCUUGCUCCAUUUUGUCCAUUACUUCCUUCCUGAAGUACAUAUCUUCGUCAUUGAUGGUUUUCCAGUACAUGAUGUUUAUAGGGCUCAUGGCACUCUCAAGUGGGUACAUGGUGAUUCUCUUAUGCCAGCAUAAAAGACAAUUGCAGCAUCUUCACCGCACCAAACUAUCUCCAAAAUCAUCCCCAGAAAAAAGGGCCACCCAGACUAUUUUGUUGCUCAUGAGUUUCUUCACUGUCAUGUAUGUUUUGGACAGUAUUAUUGAAUAUGCCUCAGCUAUGUUGUGGAACCAUGACCCAAUCAGUCGUUGUGUCCAGAUGCUGAUUGGGAAUGGCUAUGCCACAGUCAGUCCCUUGGUGCUCAUCAGUACUGAAAGACGAUUAAGUGCUUUAUAUAAAUGUAGGGGCAAACAUAGGAAUUUUUUUCUUUUGUUUCACAGAGUAAUCCCUCUGACAAUGGGCAAUUGA